UCGGAGGCGAAUAAGGUGAAUAGGAGUAAGAUUGAUUCUAUUCACACGCAAGGAAGUGCCUCUUUUGUACAGGGAAUGAAGAGGAUGGGACUAUCCAGAGUCGACGCCUAUGCUAAAUUCUAUCAAAACAAGAGUGGCGAGUUCGUGACCGAGGAGGCGAGGCAGCGUCAUGAAAAAAUGUUAGAAUUGAGAGAGCAGACGACGAGAGAGGUUGGAUCUGAUGGUGAUACUGGAUCGCAGCAGGUUUGUUUGAUGACAGAUGAUACGAUUUUGGAUAUCAUCCUCGGGCGGCAGCUAGGAUCUGGUCAUAGCAUGCGGUCCAAAAAAUCAUGCAGUUCGUCAUCCGACCGGUCUGAUGAUGCAUCGGUGCCAGAGGCAGUUAGGACAUCCAUGAGCAUGAUGCAAGAUCAGAUUAGUUACUGGAUGAAUCGUAGUCAGACGCUCGAGAAGAUAGUAGCUGCGGUGGUGGGACGGCUCGGUAUUGAUGCUUCUGAGUUAGCACCUCUACAGUCACAUGAUACCGUCUCUGCACCACCAUCGCGACACAUAUCGGGUCAGAGAUCGACGCCUGGAGAAGGGAACGAGGCCAACGAGUCAGAUCAUACCUAA